AUGCUGUCUCAUCAGAGUGCCACCGACCAAAUCUCUCCCACUAGACAUCAUAGAAGACAAUCUUCAAUGUCUAGUGAUGAAGAUCCGUUUGCUUUAGCUGAAAAAUACUAUGGUGACAAUAGAAAGAAGAAUUUUGGUAAAAAUUCCCCACUAAAUAGAGUUCGGACUUUUAGUACCUUUGAAUCAACAGCAACAAAACAACAAUUUUUGAAGGAAUUGAAUGAGCCGCAUCCGAUUACUGAUUCCAUCAAAGAAGGUUCAGAACCACCAAGUUCAGGUGACUCGAAAUCGCCAUCUCCACUGGGAAUAGCAUUUAGUGAUACGCCAGGUACUGGUGCAAAAGUACAUUUCAACCUUCAUAUGAAUCAUGACACUGAUGUUGAUGAAGAUGAUGAGUAUGAUAAGCAAAAGACCCUUGAUACGAAGAAGUUUCCAAGAUUGAGUCGUGAAGUGUCUCCUGAUUCUGUUACUCCUGAUGAUAUUGAUAUUGAUGGGGCUAAAGAACAAAGAUUUAUUAGGAAAGCAACUGAAAGUGCAAUGAAGAAGAGACCUUCGAUUGUUCCUCUUUAUCAACAUGAAGAUAACUCACAGUCCUUAGCACCACCUCCACAAAACACACUUCACUUUAGAAGAGCAUCUUUGGAUGACUCCAUUCUUCGUCCAAAGAAGUAUUAUAUCAGUGAUGUGCAAGAAACUUUAAAAGAGUUGUUGGAAAAUGAAGAUACUGAUAAUAAUUGCCAAAUCACUAUUGAGGAUACUGGACCAAAAGUGUUGAGAUUAGGUACUGCCAAUUCCAAUGGGUUCAAGCUGUCAUCAGUGAGAGGUACUUAUAUGUUGAGUAAUUUGUUGCAAGAAUUGACCAUUGCCAGUAGAUUCGGAAGACACCAGAUUAUUUUGGAUGAAGCGAGAUUGAAUGAAAACCCAGUUGAUAGGAUGAAACGUUUGAUUUCAACCUCAUUUUGGAAAAAAUUGACCAGGCGUAUCACUAGGGACAAUAUUGUUGAAAUGUCUAAAGAUACAAAGAUUAAAGAAUCCUAUGUUGACGAGGAUGGAAAAUUACAUGAAGGUAAAGAAAGCUAUAGAAUCUAUGUGCCAUACAACCGCAAAGAUCAGUACGACUUCCUUACCCGUAUCAAGAAUAGCUCAAAGGAUGUUCCAUUAGACGUUCAAUAUUUGCCAGAAAAAAUUGAUGCUGACUAUAUAAAAUCCAUCAACAAAAGGCCUGGUUUGUUGGCUAUUGAAUCUCGUUUAGACCCAGAAGAUCCAACUAACUUGAUUGGAUGGCCAUAUGUGGUUCCAGGUGGAAGAUUCAAUGAGUUGUAUGGUUGGGAUUCAUACAUGGAAACACUUGGGUUAUUGACGGACGUUCACCCAGGUAAAAACGUUGAGCAUUUGGAACUUGCUAGAGGUAUGGUUGAAAAUUUCAUUUAUGAGAUUGAAUAUUAUGGAAAGAUUUUAAAUGCCAAUAGGUCCUACUAUUUAGGUCGUUCACAACCACCAUUUUUGACAGAUAUGGCCUUGAGAGUAUUUAACAAGAUUGUUGAGAUUAAUCCUGGUGAUGUUAAUGAAGCUGUAGAUUUCUUGCGUCGGUCAACAUUGGCUGCUAUAAAGGAAUAUGAAACAGUUUGGUGUUGCCCUCCAAGAUUGGACAAACGUACCGGGUUAUCAUGCUAUCAUCCAGAAGGAAAAGGUAUUCCGCCAGAAACUGAAGCUUCUCAUUUCAAUGCUAUAUUGAAAAAGUAUGUUGAGAAAUAUGGCAUUAGUCAAGAAGAAUUUAUUGAGAAAUACAAUAAUGAAGAGAUUAAAGAACCAAAAUUAGAUGAAUAUUUCUUACAUGAUAGAGCAGUUAGAGAGUCGGGUCAUGAUACUUCAUAUAGAUUGGAAGGUAAAUGUGCAUACUUGGCAACAGUGGAUUUGAAUUCACUUUUGUACAAGUAUGAAAAUGAUCUUGCAUUCAUAUUGGCAAAUUGUUUUAAUGAUGAAUUGGAAGGUAGAGAUGGCAAGAUACACGCAUCCGAGAUCUGGAUUGCGAGGGCGAAAGAACGGAAAAAAAAUGUUGACAAGUAUCUUUGGAAUGAAAAAGACUGCAUUUAUUAUGAUUACAAUGUUCAUGAACAAAAACAAGAAGAUUAUGAAUCAGCAACGUGUUUCUGGCCGUUAUACUCGAAAUUGGCCUCAAAAGAACAAGCUGCUAAAUUAGUUGAAGUUUCAAUUCCCAAAUUUGAAGAGCACGGAGGAUUGGUUGCAGGAACAUUAAAGUCAAGAGGUGAAGUUGGCUUAAGUAGACCUUCACGUCAAUGGGAUUAUCCAUUCGGCUGGGCCCCACAACAAAUAUUAGCUUGGAUAGGAUUGGUCAAUUAUGGAUACGAUGGUAUUGCUAGAAGAUUGGCAUACAGAUGGCUUUACAUGAUGACUAAAUCAUUUGUCGAUUAUAAUGGUGUUGUGGUGGAGAAAUAUAAUGUCACGAAGGGAGCAGUUCCAAUUAGAGUAGAUGCAGAAUAUGGUAAUCAAGGUUUAGAUUUCAAAGGUGUUGCUACUGAAGGGUUUGGAUGGGUUAAUGCAUCAUAUUUGUUUGGUUUAACCUUUUUAGAUCUUUAUGCCCAAAGAGCGUUGGGAACAUUGACUCCACCGGAUGUGUUUUUGAGAAACAUGCAUCCUUCUCAAAGAAAAGGUUAUCAAUGA